AUGGAAAGCUCAUAUGAUAAGCCCCUAGUCCUAGUAACUGGAGUCUCUGGUUAUGUAGCCUCUUGGUGAGUGCACACUCUCAUCAAAACUGGAAAGUACAGAGUGAGAGGUACUGUAAGAGAUCAUACAAAUGAAAGUAAGAUGGAAGUCCUUAGAAAGGGAUUUGGAGAUUAUUAUGAUCAGAUUGAAUUUGUUUCAGCUGAUUUGCAAGAUAAGACAGCUAUGAAGAGAGCAAUAGAAGGAGUUACAUACGUCCUUCAUGUUGCUUCUCCUUUCCCAUUAUAAGUACCCCGAAAAAUGCAGAGAAAGAAGUCAUUCAACCAGCUAUAGAAGGGAAUGAGCAUAUGUUAAAUGCUUGUGUUGGCUCUGAUGUUAAGAAACUAAUUAUAACCUCUUCUGCUCUGACAAUCCAAGACUUUUGGGAAACUCCAGAUAAAGUAUCUGGCCACAAGACCAUUGUUAAAGAGCAAAGGAAAAUGAUUCCUUACUAUUUAAGCAAAAUCAGAGCUGAAAGAUACGCUUUUGAAUUCAUGGAGAACCUUGAGCCUUCUAAAAAGACCUUUGAGAUGAUGACUGUUCAUCCUGGAUUCAUCACUGGUAAAACAUUAUUACCACGUGCUGAAGGAACUUCUCUUGGAUUUUUAAAAGUGCUCUAG